ACGACUGCAGCGCGCUGCUGGAUGAAGAGCUCUCGUCUUUCUUCCUCAACUAUCUCUCUGACACGCAGGGUGGGGAAUCCGGGGAGGAACAGCUGUGUGCUGACCUGCCGGAGCUGGACCUCUCCCAGCUGGACACCAGUGACUUUGACUCAGCCGCGUGCUUCGGGGAGCUGCAGUGGUGCCCGGAGACCUCAGAGACAGAGCCCAGCCAGUACAGCCCUGAUGACUCCGAGCUCUUCCAGAUUGAUAGUGAGAAUGAAGCUCUCUUGGCUGCGCUUACUAAGACCCUGGAUGACAUCCCCGAAGACGAUGUGGGGCUGGCUGCCUUCCCGGGGCUGGAUGAAGGAGACACACCAUCCUGUGACCCAGCUUCACCUGCCCCCUUAUCUGCGCCCCCCAGCCCCGCCCUGGAGAGGCUUCUGUCCCCAGUGUCUGAAGUGGAUGAGCUUUCUAUGCUGCAGAAGCUCCUCCUGACCACAUCCUCCCCAACAGCAAGCUCUGAUGCUCUGAAGGAGGAGGCCACCUGGUCCCAGGCCAGCCUCAGGUCCAGAAGCCAGCGGCCUUGUGUCAAGGCGGAUGGCAUCCAGGACAAGAAGAUCCCCAUGCCGCGGUCUCAGAGUCGGCCUUGCACAGAACUGCAUAAGCACCUCACCUCGGUGCUGCCCUGCCCCAAAGUGAAAACCCCAACCCCACGCCCAAGUACUCAGCUCCUCUCCAAGGAGGAUGAGGAGGUGGGGGAGGAUUGCCCGAGCCCCUGGCCAGCUCCAACCUCUCCACAAGACUCCCUAGCACAGGACAGAGCUAGCCCCAGCUCUGCCCAGGCUCCCCAGGAGGAUGUAAGGUCCAUGGUACAACUCAUUCGCUACAUGCACACCUACUGCCUGCCCCAGAGGAAGCUGCCCCAAUGGGCUCCAGAGCUGGUCCCCCAGCCCUGCAGCAGCCCGUCCAGGCAGGUCCCACCCCGGUCCCGGCAUCCUCAAAAAGCCAUCUGGACUGAGUUCUCUAUCCUAAGAGAACUUCUGGCUCAAGAUGUCCUCUGUGAUGUCAGCAAGCCCUACCGCCUGGCCACGCCUGUCUAUGCUUCCCUCACACCCCAGUCCAGGCCCAGGCCCCCCAAAGACAGUCAGGCCUCCCCUGCCCACUCUGCCAUGGCAGAAGAGGUGAAAAUCACAGCUUACCCUAAGAGCACUGGGCCUAGACCCAGCCUGCGCCCUCUGAGGCUGGAGGUGAAGCGGGAUGUCAGUCAACCUACCAGGCAAAAGCAGGAGGAAGAUGAGGAAGAAGAGGAAGAAGAGGAGGAGGAGGAAGAAAAAGAGGAGGAGGAAGAGGAGUGGGGCAGGAAGAGACCAGGCCGUGGCCUGCCAUGGACCAAACUAGGGAGGAAACUGGACAGCUCUGUGUGCCCCGUGCGGCGUUCCAGGAGACUGAAUCCAGAGCUGGGCCCCUGGCUAACAUUCACUGAUGAGCCCCUAGGUGCUCUGCCCUCGAUGUGCCUGGCUACAGAGACCCACAACCUGGAGGAGGAACUGGGCAGCCUCACAGAUGAUAGUCAAGACCAGCAGCUCCCCCAGGGAUCCCAGAUCCCAGCCCUGGAAAGCCCCUGUGAGAGUGGGUGUGGGGACACAGAUGAGGACCCAAGCUGCCCACGGCCCCCUUCCAGAGACUCCCCCAGGUGCCUCAUGCUGGCCUUGUCACAAAGCGACCCUCUUGGCAAGAAGAGCUAUGAGGAGUCCUUGACGGUGGAGCUUUGUGGCACGGCAGGACUCACUCCACCCACCACACCUCCAUAUAAGCCCAUGGAGGAGGACCCCUUCAAGCCGGACACCAAGCACAGCCCAGGCCAAGACACAGCUCCCAGCCUCCCCUCCCCUGAGGCUCUUCAGCUCCCAGCCACCCCAGGGGCCUCCCACAAGCUGCCCAAGAGGCACCCGGAGCGAAGUGAGCUCCUGUCCCACCUGCAGCAUGCCACGGCCCAGCCGGUGUCCCAGGCUGGGCAGAAGCGCCCCUUCUCCUGCUCCUUUGGAGACCACGAUUACUGCCAGGUGCUCAGGCCAGAGGCUGCCCUGCAGAGGAAGGUGCUGCGGUCCUGGGAGCCGGUUGGGGUCCAUCUUGAUGACUGGCCCCAGCAGGGUGCCUCCCUGCCGACUGAAACAAAGACCCCUAGGAGGGAGGCAGAACAGAGCUGUGACUCUACCCCUAAGGACAGCAUGCAGCUGAGAGACCAUGAGAUCCGUGCCAGCCUCACAAAGCACUUUGGGCUGCUGGAGAGCGCUCUGGAGGAGGAAGACCUGGCUUCGUGUAAAAGUCCCGAGUACGACACCGUGUUUGAGGACGACAGCAGCACCAGUGGCGAGAGCAGCUUCCUGCUGGAGGAGGAAGAGGAGGAGGAUGAAGGAGAGGACUCGGGAGUCAGCCCUCCCUGCUCUGACCACUGCCCCUACCAGAGCCCACCCAGUAAGGCCAGCCGGCAGCUCUGUUCCCGCAGCCGCUCCAGUUCUGGUUCCUCAUCCUGUAGCUCCUGGUCACCAGCCACCCGGAAGAGCUUCAGACGUGAGAGCAGAGGUCCCUGUUCAGACGGAACUCCACGUGCCCGGCAUGCCAGGAAGCGGCAGGAAAAGGCCAUCGGCGAAGGCCGCGUGGUAUACAUUCGAAAUCUCUCCAGCGACAUGAGUUCUCGGGAACUAAAGAAGCGCUUUGAGGUGUUCGGCGAGAUCGUAGAGUGCCAGGUGCUGAGGAGAAGUAAGAGAGGUGAGAAGCACGGCGUCAUCACCUUCCGGUGUUCGGAGCAUGCUGCCCUGUCCCUGAGGAACGGCGCAACCCUGAGGAAGCGCAAUGAGCCCUCCUUCCACCUGAGCUAUGGAGGGCUCCGGCACUUCCGCUGGCCCAGAUACACUGACUACGAUCCCACAUCAGAAGAGGUCCUUCCCUCAUCUGGGAAAAGCAAGUAUGAAGCCAUGGAUUUUGACAGCUUACUGAAAGAGGCCCAGCAGAGCCUGCAUUGAUAUCAGCCUUAACCUUCGAGGAAUACCUCAAUACCUCAGACAAGGCCCUUCCAAUAUGUUUACGUUUUCAAAGAAAUAAGUAUAUGAGAAGGAGAGCGAGCCAAUGCGCGAGCGUGAGAGAACACACGUGAGAGAGAGAGAGAGAGACUUGAAUCUGCUGUUGUUUCCUUUUAAAAACAAAUCAAUGUUUACAUUGAACAAAGCUGCUUCCGUCCGUGAGUUUCCAUGGCGUUGAUGUUCCACUGCCACAUUAGUGCCCUCGCUUCCAGCGGAUCGUCCUGGGUGCACCUCCAAGUGCUGUCAAUCAUCCUCUGCCCCUCCCGCCCGACUGACUUCCUUCUGUAGACUUGAGCUAUGUUCCCCAUAACAUCUUCUGUCUGUAGUGUGUGAUGAUGAAAUUGUUACUCGUGAGUAGAAUCAGGAUUAGAAACUCAUUUUUAAUUGAAGAAAAAAAAAGUAUAUCCUUAAAGCAAAUGUAUUUAUGGCUCAGAUAUACUGUGCCUAGGGUUAUCGUAUUGCUUCCUCGAUUGUUUAACUAUGCACUGUCAUGAGGUGUUUGCUACUGAGCUGCGCUGCUCCCCUGGUCAUGUAGUCCUAGAGGUGCUGGGUGGCCACUACAUCCCCCAGGAAAAAUUGGCUUGCAGUCACAAGUAGGAAGAGUGGAGAGAGGUAUCCAGGUAUGCUCUACCAAGCCCUGGUUGGUAUCUUUUAUUUUGAGUGAGUUCCACUCAAGUUGUGAUGAGAAUCCCUUUCCCCUGUCCGACUCACACUUGGAGAGUGUCUGUCUGGAGAGCUCAGAGCCGUGAGUGCCUGUAGGGAAGGUGGAACAAGCUGUGUUAGACCCAUUCCACAGGGAGAGAGGACAGCGCCCUGUGAGGGGAAGUAUCUUGCCCAGGGUCCCAUGGCCAGAGAACAUACAGAGCAGUGUCCCACACCAAGCCUCCUGACUCCCAGGCUCCAGCCUCCUGCAGCAGUCAGCAUAAAGAUGCAAGAGCCAGAGGUUGGAAGAGUGGAGUUAGCUGAGGUGAGCAGCCUAGCAGCUUGUUGGAGAAUUAGGUCAACAGUUGACUCACCAGCAUUAAGGCAAAUCCAAGGUCCAUUCAACACAGCGUUGGUCCUCUGUGUCCUGCGACUUGCACUGCCUGUGGAUACCCCUCAAGGCUUUGAGACACCUACAAGUGGUACACAGACUUCACCUAGGAGCAGUCAUUUGGGGCAGGGAGGGCAACUGGUAGACCAUCCCCUAUCCUGCUGCUGCCCUUACUGUCCCUCCUCUGUAAAGGUACAGAGUGGGGGGUGGGCAAGGCACUCCCAUGGGGCGUUCAUGGUGGGCUCCUCUUCAAACUGUUAUGACUACUGUCAAAGUCAUAUCCUAGGGGCCCUUCAUGAGGGAGAAGCAGCUAGGCAGAGUAUCCAUUCUAAUGCUUCAUUAUAUAUAGAUCAAUUCCUCCUUGGUCUUGUGACAUUUCUUUCUUUCAUUCUCCCUCUCCCCCAAUGAUCUGCCAAAUAAGAAAGUUUGAAGGUAGAUAACUCAUCAAAUUCACCAAACUAAAUUAAUCUGCUGCUAAUGCCAGGCUUAUUCCUUUGAGAAUUUGUGGUUGAUUUUUUUUUUUUUUUUUUUUUUUUUUAGAUUUUCAAAUACCUCAGUAAAGAAAGUGAACCCUGAUCUUAAUACUUGGUGUUGGGAAAAUUCUCCACCCAUUGAUAAGGCUGGAAGAGACUAGCUUUAGCAGAAAUAGGAAAACAGGAUCUGGGUGUCAAAUCUGUUGGCCUCCCUAAACCCCAGUUUCCUUUUCUGUGAAAUAGACUGAGGGGUACAAUUGGACAGCAGAUGUCCUAGCUUCGGCUUCAACAGUGUCUAGUCACAGUCGUGAUUCCCAUAUCCUUGGUCAAUGCAGACAUACUUAAUUGAUCGUAACACUAAUUUUUUUUUUUUUUUAGCCUGGUUGUGCAAUUAGAAUCUUCAACAGUGUUCUCUCUGGUCAGGCAUUACUAAUUGGUUGAUGUUUCAUUUGUCUGACAUCCUGAUGUAGUGGUAGUCUUUGGAAAACUACCAUUGUAGAGCCAUAUGCUGGCUGGUUUUUAUGCUGACCCAUCCUUGUCAUGACUUGAUCCCUGAGAGGAGAUAUGCCCUUGAAGCCAUUGCUUGGCAGAAGACUUCCCAAUACUGUUGUAAAACACAAGAGUAUAGAGAGGGGAAGGUGAAAUAGCAAACAGGAAUCUAAUUGGUGGCUCCUAAGGAUAGAUACAAAAAGGGAGCAGCUUGAGCGGUGGCUCAGCUCAGCGGCUAAGAGCGCCUAACGCCCUUGUGCCAGGGGACCUGGGUUCGAGUUCCUUUGGCGCUAAUAGCAAUCAAUUCAUCAAUAGAUCAAAACAGGACUUUUCACAGCACAGGCCCAAACAUUCUUUAUAGCUGUGCAUUGCCCAGCAUAUGGUGGGCACGUGGAAAAUGGGUAUAGAAUGGUUACUGAGGUAAAAGAACAAAUUCUUAGCAAACAGUUAAGUCUCUCUUUCCCCAGCCAGGGUUAACUGAGCUGCUCAGUCUGUUCCCUCAAAGUCACUUAGAUGUCGGCUCUAGAGCAGAGCAGAGCCUUGAACCUGGCACUGAUGCCCGAUAUACCACAGGUCAAUGCUGGGAGCUAGUUUCUAGUAUUCUCCACUCACCCUCUCAUAAACACAGGCUCCCAGCUCUGCAAAUGACCAGCCCUGUAGAUGAUCUCUCUCUGGAAGAUUCACUCGGUGCUGCAUAUAAUUUACCAAGGAGAUGGUCAGGCCCCCUCCGAGACCACGAGACCAUCUUGAUCGCUUUUCCAUCGAAUCAAGGAGGAACCCAGAGGGAGCAGCUGCUACUUACUGGCAACCAUCUCAUUGUAGCUGUCCUAAUGCGUCUCAGUGAUGUUUAUGUGUGAUCGCCAUACAGCUUCAUAUAGAUUGUGUUGGCAGUCGCCCGGCGAGGACAAGCUCCAUGUCAUCUCUGUGCUGUGCUGGUAUUUUUCUAGAAAUGUCCAAUCCAACCACUAAGUGGAAUUCUUCCAUCUCCUUCCUCGGUCAGUAUAAGGCUGAACCAUAGUCCUCUGGGGUAGGGGUAGGGCACAACUCUGGUUACUGAAGGAGAAUGCGUCAAACAGGUGAUGUGAGAGGAAGGAAUGCAGCUAAGGUCCCUACUCCCAUCCCCCCUGACACGCAUUGUGGCCCCCACUAGAAAAAUGCUUUGAGUCAGGGAGUGCCCAUCCUAUGCCUGUGUUUAUCUGUUGAUCUUGUAUCAUCUGAUGGAUAACAAGCCUCCAGGAGUGGGAGGAGCGCUCCAAGCCCGCCACAAAGACUUGACCCUCAAAUCCUAAUGUGAGAAGACUUUUACAGUAAGAUGUCUUUUGUGACCUCAAGCCUUAGAGGUCAGUGUUUUGGGGGAAGCUGUGAGGCCAAAGGCCACUGUGCAGGUAGGAAAUGGAGAGAAAGUGCAGACAGCUCUUUUGGCAUGCGCAGCCAGCUCUAGUGGGGGGGCGGUGUCUGUCCCAGUCCUUGAGUUCAAUUUGCCUCUCAGCUGAUCCUACUGCUGCAGAAGCAGGGCACCUCUCUCUGAACCCGGGUCACCCUAAAGGGUAUGUGAUGUGAUUCACUGAGGUCAAAAGUAUUUUUCUUGACAUUUGUUCUUUAGUGAUUGAGAUCACUUUGAGAAAGCCAUAUCCCAGGGUCAUGUGUGGAAAGGGAUUGGGUGUGUAGUCGUAAAUAGAGUGAACCUGUUGGUGUCAUUUGCCAAAGAAAAAGGGAUGCCUUCAUCCUUCCCACUGGGGCAGAAGGAAACUAACUAGUACUUAUGUGCAAUAUGUUGACGAUGCUGUGCUCGAAAUUCCUGAGGGUUUUGCACUCAGAGGAGCUCCAGGGCUGUUUGAAGAGUCUGGGGAUACAGGGUAAGCGCAGGGAGAGCCUGGGAUAAAAACUUUCACGUACAGAAAUGGCCUUGACCUAGAACAGAUGGGAGUGUGGGCGGGGUGUUCCUGAUGCUAGCUGCUGGCCCGGGACAUCCGGGAAGUAGCUAAUCAGGCACUUGCACUAGUUAAUGAAAGCACUUUCAGAAACCUGGCACUUCCGCCUUGUUCCACAUUCUCCUCUGGCAAAUACGUGUAUCCUUUAUCUGUGUGAGGUGUUGUCCUAAGGCUGGGUGAGGGGAUAGGGACGGGGCCAGCGUGAGGGAGAAAACGGGCAUCUUUCAAGGCAGUAGCUUUGAGAGAGUCUGCACCUAGCCAGUCCUUGGCCGUCCUCUUCACUGGAAGCCCGAGAAACAGAAUGAUAUGGGUUUAUAUCUUGGUACCCACUUUUGUAAAGAAAAAAAAAAACAGCCUAGCCAAUUGCAACAAUUGCAACACUUUGUGGCCCAAUCAUUUCACUCUAAGUUUCUUACUUGCUGUCUGACCUUUGGCUCCUGUUCCCUGAGCUAGCAAAUGAAACUAUCCAGUGGUAAAAGCAUUCUCACCCUGAAGCCAGGGGAGCCCAGAGUUCCACUCUCUGUCUAGCUCAGGGUAUGUACUGGGGGCAGGGGUGAGACACUUUCCACAAGGUCGUCAGCCUUCAACAGGAUGAGAUCCACAUAGUCCUGGCUGAGGUGCCUAACAUGAAGAGGCUAGCUUACCAGGACAGACCCAAGCCAUAGUUCCUUGUGGGGAUGGUAAGGAAUUAACCCCUCAUCAGGCUCGUUGACAACUUCCAGUCUUGCGUUAGCCUUGUCGUCGUCCCCACCGAACAGCUUUUAAUCUGAAUGUUGUGACCACUUGGCCGUCUCUUGCUUGCUUGCAGACAAUACUAGCAAUACACUUGUUUCCCCAAACAGCUCAGCUUAGACAGUUUUCACACAUUGCUUUCAAAUGAUUGUAAAAACACAUGGGGCAACAGGAGGCAUGGAUCACACUGCAUAUGUUUUCGGGCAGCUUUUGUUUUUUGAAUUUUAACGGUAAAGCAGCAGUGACCAAGCCUUUGGGAUUUGGGGAGACAGAUCUUCACAAAGCCAUUUCAUCAGGAUGCCUUGCACGUCAGAAGGAGUACGGACAUCCAAAUACCCAAAUGGAGGGGCUUGCAACCUAUGAUUUUGUAGAUGAUCUGUCUCUACUGUACAACAGCUCCUCUGAAAGGUAUUCAUGUGACUUCAACCCCUCUGUGCCAUAUUAUUUUUUUUGUCAAAGGAUUCUCCAAGGAAGCCUCAGCAAGCCUCCUUGCUCCUUUUCGCUGGCCUUGGGUAGUGUCCUUGUGGAGGGGAUUAGCCAGCACUUUGCCUUAUCAAUGUGUGGUCACCAGUCUAGUGGUCAAAGACUGGUGUCCACUGGCCACCAAGAUGGAAGGCAAAACUUAAGGUCUUUUGAUCAGUCACCAUGGCGGCCAACGUUAGCUUGGCAAUGAAACUCAAUGAUACAAAUGAGUUGUUUUACGUGUUCAGUACCAACUCGGAACAUCAGCAACUACCUAGAUGCCUAUACAGUGCGAAAAAUGCAUUGGUUAUCCUGUGGUAGAGGAGAUGGGGUUGAACCCUGUGUCCAGGUGUCCGGUGUGGUUUACUCUAACUGCAAUACUGGCAGCCAAGCUGCCAACCCUGUUAAGUGAACCUCUGCUAGGUAGCUUACAUGGUACCUUUGGGGCAAGCGAAGAAAUUGGGUAUGAGGAUUAGGGGAGAAGGGGCCCUGGCCAUGACCUUUGAUAUGGUCCACUGAAUAGCCAAACAGGUUUUUUGUUGUUGUUCUUGUUCUUGUUUUUGUUUUAGGGUUUUUUUUUUUUUUUUUGUAUUUUGUAUUUUAAAAUCUUGUCAGGCGUUUUUGUGUUAGGAAUAAUAAGUCAUAAAUUAUUCCCACCUUGGUUUCUGAAGGGGUGUUCUGAUUCCAGUUGAAACAGGUUGGAGAUCUCAUGGGGAGCAUGGUCUGGGGAGUCCAUGGGACAGGGCAGUGGAGCGCUUGGGUUUCCAGGUGGUUGCUGGGGAAGAUGACCCUCCGACGGUCUGCAGUGCUGUCAAGUACAGAGAGUCACGCUUGCCUCCUUGGCUCCUGAGUCCUGUUAUCAUGGGCCUGAGCACAGGCUUCUAAGAGAAGCAGCUGCUGAGGUUGAAGACAAGACUCCCUAGCUCCCAAGCCCCAGUUAGCAGAUGCAAUCAGUAGCUAGCCUUAAUCGACUGGGCAAGGUAGUUCCUGUGCUCCCUCCCCGCAGUUCCAAAUCUUGGACUCAAAACCCUUUUCUCUUAGUGUGACCUAGUGUGACCAGCAGCCUAGAGAAUUUUGAGCAAUAGGGAGCCAGGGCUUUCCCUGGCUCUGUGACAGGGUCAAACCAGGGAAUGGCUAAACUUGAGAGGUUUUUGUCAUACCCAGGGUUCUACUGUAGGGGGCAUUAUGUAUUAGGGAGCUCAACAAGGUAACUGUAGCCUGGAGUAUGUGAAUGUAAGGUUGUGUUUGUGGGUGCGGGUGCUUGUGCGUGUGUGUGCGCACGUGUGUGUGUGUGUGUGUGUGUGUUGUAUUGAUGCAUUUCUUGAGAAAGGUGCAAGAAUUUCACCUAUACAGAGGGACACAUCUGCUUUAUUAUUUAUAAUAGAAGCUAAAAUUUAAUUUUUUAAAGGACACUGCUAAUGAUUGAAAAUCGAGUUUUUAGUUUUGCUAUUUUUUUUAAUUGGUAGAAGAUUUUUAUAUAUUUUUUCCCAUUUCGUUGGGUUGUGUCCUUAUUUAUAUAAAUACUUUAUCCGUGAGCGGCGAGGAAGAAGACUUCUUUGCUCUUAAUUAUUGUGGUUGUCAUUGUCCCUAUUUUAUUUCCGGUGUGAUUUAUCUGUCUUACCUUCUAAAUGAGAAACUGUUUUCCUGUCUUUGUACAUUGUCAGAGUCUAUAGUUUCGUAGAUAAUUUAACCAAAUUGCUCUACGUAUUAUUAUUCUGUGACUAUAAAGUUCUAUUUUAACGUCUGUAAAUACUUCAGAACUGGUUUCUUUUCUCGGCCCCUGCUGGGAGCUAUUGUUUACAUCACAAAAGACUGUAGAAUCUCUAUGCUCAUGUACUGUAAAUAGUGAUGUGAUCUGCUUAUAUAUAAACUGAACAAAUACACUAUGGAAAUUAAAAAACACCACCCACA